CUGUAGCGCUAUUUGACGAUUUUGUAGUGCAAACUGAAUGCUCGAAAGCCUUGAUUUCGUCGGCCUUUUUCGUAAUUCUAACUGAGAAAAUAUGGCGGGAGAAGUAAUAGUGGAUGCCUUGCCCUAUGUCGACCAGGGAUACGAUGAACCAGGAGUCAGAGAAGCGGCUUAUGCCCUUGUAGAGGAGGAGACCAGGCGAUAUCGUCCCACCAAGAACUACCUAGAGCAUCUGCCAGCUAUUGACAGCACUCCAUUUGUCACUGAAGUUUUGAAGAAUGAAUUUGAAAGGAUGGCCAUGAGGCAGCCCAUGGAUAUGUUAAGCAUGAAAAGAUAUGAGUUGCCUCCCCCUCCCAUCGGACGCCAGAAUGACAUCACAGCCUGGGCGGAGUGUGUAGAGAACUCCAUGGCGCAGUUGGAACACCAAGCCGAAAGAGUGAUCAACCUUGAACUUCUCCAAAAUUAUGGCAGCCACGCCUGGAGAGCACACAAUGACAUCCUGGUGAAGAUGGUAGAAAGUGCCCAGCAUCAGCUACAAGACAUCAAGAAACAAAUCCAGGAGGUCAAUUGGAAAAGAAAAAACAAACAGACUGCUUCAGGACCAGAACUCGGAAGAUUGCAAGAAAGCUGGGCUGGUUUGGUGUCCAAGAACUACGAGAUAGAGAGGGCAUGUCUUGAGCUGGAAUAUGAUACCAACAAACUCAAACACCAGGUGGAUUCCUUGAAACCCAGUACUGACACACAAUAUGGACAAGCUAAUCGCCAAAACGAUGAUGUUGAUAUGGAGGAAAGUGAUGAGGAUGAUGACGACGAUGACGAUGAGUAUGCUGCUUCGAGAUGAUACUGUGGAAGGGAUUCUUCCAAUCUUUUGAAAUAUUUCAGUGUCAUUGGACUUUUUGGAGAAUGACAGAAGUAGCUAUUUAUUCCCUCCGUUGGAAACAGAUAUUCUGAGUGUUUAUGAGGAUAGAUGUAAAAAGUUUAUUUUGACUUUUAAAGAUGAAAUUUAAUUCUGGCUGGAAAUGGAAUAAUGGAUGACACUGUCUCAAAGGGAUUGAGAAAGGCUGUUUGUAAUACACCUAUGAAUUGGGUCUUACUAUGAGGCAAUGGUAUCACCAAAACGAUAUAUACAUGUAUUGACUCAAUUCUUGUGAAGAUCACAUUCACUGCACUGCACUCAGAUAAGCAUGUAUGGGACUAAACCAAUAUUGUUGGCCAGACACUUUCAGCAUCAUUCUAUUAUAUUUUGAAAUAUUAAGGCAAUUAAAAAGCAAUCCAUAACAGUUGAUUAUUAUCACAUCAUUCGUCUUUAUCAUGAAAAUAAUUGGAUUGCUCACAAGGAUUACUGGGUGUUCCAUCUUUCCAAUAAUUUUUGUUUAUCUUUAACCUUUUCUAGAUGGGUUUUUUUUUU